ACAACAGAACUGUACGCUUCACACUUUGCACGAGACGAGAGGGUUGUGGAGAAUACAGCGAUAUAACAGACGGACAGAGUUGUGAGUUGCUGGACAAAGCCACUAGGGGGGCAAUGUCUGAUAACAGCAACAGUGCCAAUGGCAACAACCAGACUCCUCUUACUCCAGAGGUGAAGGAGCCUGGAGUUGAGAAUGUGGGUCCAGAAGUUGAAAGUACUAAGAUUGAGGGAGAGCCAUCCUCUUCAACAGCACCUGAGCCUUCAACCGAGGGCCAUAUUGACCUGGUACAGCACUCCUCUGAAGCAGCUGAGCUCCAGCCUCAGGCAAAGCCAUCAACCCAGGAGCCGUCUGAUCCAGCUCACACCCAUGCGUCAGAGCAUGCAAAGGAUAAUCAGCCUCCAGAGCUACCUCAGGUGACACCUCCAGAAACCAGUGAGGAUCGAGCCCAUCUAAAUGCAGCCCAUAUCGAUGAGGACUCCACCUCUAUCAGCAGCACUGCUGAGGACCUCAGCUCCUGGACAGCUGACCAAGAGGAAUUAAGUGCCCUUUCAGGUUACUCAGAGAGCCCAGUUUCUCCCAGAACUGAUGGCGAUUCAUUCUUUGACUCGUUCACACACACAAAUACUAUCUCUGGAUCAAGCACAUUUCCUGCUUCAGUUUGUCAGGGGGGAGAGGAAUUUAAAACUGAGGAGUCUCACCUUAGAAAGACCAUAACAGAAGAGACCAAGCCAGAUGUAGAAGUGUUGGAAACAAAAGGAAAGGAGGGAGAGUGUUUACGAAAGAGGAACAUCUCCCACCUGGGCUCUUUGGACCAUGGCAAGAAUGACGAAGAGGACGAUGAAGAGGGGGAUGAGGAAGAGUUCCAGCCCCCUCAAAGAGAGGAGGAAACAGUCUUUUCUUUGAACAAGUGCAUCAUUGGAGCUGUCGUUCUUCUAGGCCUAGGAGCCAUUUUCUUCUCUGGUUUGCUCAUGGACCCGGAUGACGGGGACAUUGACGUUGGAGAGCUGAAAGGCCCUACAAAUCAGGAGUGGCUGAAUCCUGAGGUCUCCAGAGACACACCUGUUGGUCUUCAGCCUCCAGAUAUUUUAAGCAAACAGGCAAAGGACGAUCAGCAAAUAUUGGUACUACAGGCACAGCUUCAGCAACAUCUAGUUGAACUGAAAGCAGCACAGCUUUGGGCAGAGGAGGGAGAGAAGGAGCGUGUGAAGAGAGAAGAGCUGGAGAAACAGUGCCAGAAGAUAAAAGGAGAACUAGAUAGGCUACCUGCUUUUCAGAAAGAGCUGGAGCAAGAGAACGUGAGAAUGAAAGAAGAAAGUGAGAGAGCAAAGGGAGAGCUGGAGGCCCUGCCAUUACUGCACAGAGAACUGGAUCAUCUGAGACGGACCGUAUCACAGCUUACACAAAGCACAGGACAAGCAGAACCUGUGCAUCCUGUUGCAGAUUCUGGGAUGCCCUCUACUGGAGACUCAAGAGACGUACUACCCAAAGAAAGGCAAGAAAUUAAGAUCAAGACACAUUGGGAUAAAAUGAGAGGGGAGAAAGAAAAAAGCAUAGGAGAAAAAGAAUGUCAAAAGAAAAAUUGUGUCAAAAAAGAAGAUGAACAGAUGAUGGAAAAGAAAGAUUGGAAAGAAGAUAAAGGCAACCAAGAGGAGGGCAAAGCAUGGAAGAGCAAAGAUGAAAAAGAGUGGAAGGACAAAAAACAAGAGGAUGGUAAAAUGCAAAAAGAAACUGGAAAAAAGAAAGCUUUCAAAGAGUGGGAGGAGAAAAAAGAAUGGAAAGAAGAUAAAAAGUGGAUGAAAGACAAACAUGGAGAACAGAAUGAAAGGAGAUUAGACAAGAAGGACUGGAAAGAGACUGGGAACAAGGAAGUGAAAGGGGAAAAAGAAUGGAAACUGAGAGGAGAGCAAAAAGAUUGGAAAAACGAAAAAGAGGCUGGCCGCAAUGGCCAUAAAGAAAAAAAGAAAGAAUUGAAAGAGAAAGGUGAAAAGGAGUCUAGAAAAGGAAAGAGUAAGGGAAAAGUGAAUGAGAAAACAGAGAAAAUUUGGAGAGGUGAGAGAGAAUUUUCCAAAGAGUAUGGUGGAAAGAAAAUGGAGGAAAAGGAUUGGGCACAGAGAGGGAAAGAGGAGUGGUCCAAAGAUGGAAUGUGGAAAAGAGAGGGAAUAAAGGAAGCAAAAAAGAACAAGGCAUACUACUAUAAAAAUGAGGCGACAAAUGGUCACAAUGAAAAAGAGAAACAACACAAGGAUGAAAAGGAAUGGAACAAUAAGGUGCGACACAGGCGUGGAUCAACAUAUGAGACAUCCAAACGUCACAAUCGUGACCAUGAAAACUACUGGGCCAAACAAAGAAAGAGAAUACAGCACUAUCACAGGCAGAGGGAGCCAUGCAGUGGUGUAGCAGACUGUGCUCGAGCAGAAGGGCUCUCUCCAGUCAGCCUAAAUGACUUUGAGAUGCUUCUCCAGGAAUACCUGGCAAAGCUCCAGGAUCCAGAGGACCAAACAUCCAGGAAGGAAGAACUUAGUGAGUUUGUGAAGGAGUUCUUUAAGAAUGGUGUGUUUGCUCACGAUCAUAUGCCUUUCAGAGAGUUUGUGGAAGGUGUGGGGAACAUUUUGGAGGACUUGACUGAAGGAGAGGAGAGCGAGUUAGAGGACAGUGAUGAAAACGACAAUGAGAUGGAGGAAUUCGAAAAGGAAGCGAUGGAAAAAUUUGCACUACCAGAGGAAGUGGGAAAGGUCAAGAAGAAUGGAGAGAGGAAGAAACUGAGUGGAAGAGUAAAAGAGGGAAGGUAGUCAGGAGCAAUAUUAAACGGUUUUCUUGAAACUGAUCUGCCAAUGUUGACUUUAUAGCAGUCGUGUACUUAAAUCUUGCACAUCUUGCCCACAAAUGGAAUGUUUGUCUGUGUUAUUUAUCUGAAGAAUGUAGUUGAGUUUGAGAUAUAGUACAAAUUUUUACGGUCUGGGAUUUGUGUUGUACUCCUAUUUCUCUAAUCCUAAAAAUAGUUACGUAACGGUUACAAGUUGAGGAUACAUAAUGAAUGUUUUAAGAUUCUAUUUGGCUUAAAGUUUCUAUUAAUUAUUUCUUGUUCAUACUUUUGUUGUGCUUAUUUUAAUUUAAUUAUUUUGUAACUUGUCAGGGUUAGAACUCCCAGCCUAAAGUGUGCACUGUUAUUUAUAAUAUUUAAUGGAAGAUAUCUUUGAUAAAUAACAUAGAUUGUCUUGACCUUUUUUAUUGGUAAAAAGUGUUGCAUUAGCCACAAAAUAUUCUUUAAAAUUUUUUAGUUUACAGUGUUGUGAAGAUUGUUGAAGAUCAACAAUUGUGUCAAUUUUGGUUGUGUAAUUCAUCUUUAUUCUUUUUACUUAUUAUCAUUUAAAAUGUCCCCAUUGUAAUCGAGAACUAUUUUCUGUCAAGAAAAACUGCUAGUACCUCUAAUCUAGCUUCACAGUUUCUGUGCAGGGUUAUCAAUAAAAAUCAAUUAUUAUAAUUAAGCAAUCAAUCUAGUAUGAUAAUGAACUACUACAUAAAGGCAGCAUGUAGAGUUUUGUCAUUUACUACUAAAGUGUAAUUUGAUUUUUUUUAAAAGUGCAACUGAGAUUAAAGUAAUGGGAGUUAUUUGCCUUUUUAUUUUAGCUGGUUACUCACUGACCGUUGCCACAGUGCAACUGGAGUUCAAGUGGUUGUGGAAGUUGGAAAUGUUGCUAUGAAAAUUUUACAGAAUAAACAAAUGCAAACAGUUAUCUAACGUAUUUCUUGACACACUAAGAGAUCUUGCAACACAUUGCAGCCUGUAAAUAUACCUUAUUUCCUUAUCACAAAUUGUUUAGAUCACUUUGUAGUUCCUGAAUUCAAAGAAACAUUUUAAAUAGAAAAUGGGUUUCUCAAUUCUUCCUGUGCUACACUCUGGUCAAU